GGGCUCCGGGGGUCCACCACCUGCAUCAACAGAGACCACGAGAAUGCGACGCAAUCGCAGAGAGAGCGCGAAGAACAAUGCAGAGGGAGAAAAUGGGAGUGUACGUUCCCAAAUGCAUCCAGCGACGUGGACUUAAAACUCACUUCCUGUUUCCACGUUAAAAGGGAGGUCGCCGGGCCUGGGUUGGUCUCCUGUAUAGGUGGAGAGAGGGCAGCGUCCAUGUUAACGCGCUUCUUUUUCUUUAUUAGUUGUGUUAUGGGUCUGUCUGCGUGUGAUCUGGUCAUUUAUUCACAACUAAAUAAAAACGACGUGUCUUUUUUGUACAUGGUUUUAAUAUGCAGUAAUUUUGUGCAUUGGUCAAAUGGUAUGAACUGUUCAUGCUUGUUGUUUUCAGGAUCUUCUGACAAGCUGGGAAAGGAACAACGGUCUCAAAAGUCUCAUUUUACCUCCCCUCCUCCUUCCUAGCGUCCUUCUCUCCUGCUGCUGGAGGAUAUCCCACCUUUACGAACCAAUGGGCCACGUGAGGAAAGGAGUCAGAAGCAGCGAGGGAAGGGAACACGAUUGACCGUUGGCAUUGGUUUAACUUAUUAGCGCUGUAAAGCUAAACAAAGCUUAACAUUUACAACUGGUUUCAAAUUUCAAAAUAAGCAUCUUAUUGAAAAAUAACCUGUUCCCCUUUUCUGAAAUAUUUUACAAUCACGUGCCCUGUACAAAUACGAGUGGAAUCCAAAACAUAUGGAUUAUUAAAAAUAUAUUGUAAUAAACUUAUUUUUUUUCCGUUUGCCAUUUAUUCAUCCUUUUUUUAUAGCUUUACUGUGAAGGCACGCUGGCGUCGUUUCCGGUUUGUCUCUGACUUCUUCUAGCUAGUUUGACGCAGUUCGUAACCAGCCGCCCGGUUGCUAGACGACUCAAUCCGCAACACCGACGUGGGAGACGGACCGCUGCAGCGGAGGAAAGCAACAUUUUAACGGAUUUCGGGGACGAUACGAUCCACGGUGUCCACCGACGGCUCGUGACGCCUUAACGGGGACGAACGCCCGCGUCUAGCUAACGUCUCUUUUGUUGAGCAACCGAUUAGUCCUGAAGUGGGGCUUUUUGUUUAAUUUCUUUUUUGUUUUUUUACUUAGAAAAAAAAAAUGAGAGGAUUCACGUACACGCGGAGAAAGUCAAGUUGUCCCGACUCGACGUAACGUUAACGCUUUUCCCAGCUAUGUUGAAUGCAGACGCUAAGAUGUCUCUGGAGACCAACGACGUUCUGACGGAUGAAGACUGCGAGGAGCUGGGAGAGGAUUGCUUUUCUUUCUCUGCUGAUGUGUUGGAGAAGAUGAAAAGAACCAAGAGAUCCUCAGGCAAGCCUCCUCCGUCUCCAAGGUCCCCGUACCUCUCCAGUAUGAACAUGAACCCCAGGAGGGCAGCGGUGGCGGCCUGGAGACUGCCCCGGGCCUCGCUCGGGGACACCAGAGGUGACCCUCUUGGGGGGAGCGGCCCAGCCCGCAUCACGUCCCUCAGCAACGGACAUGAUGUGUCCCAGACGAUGCGGUCGGAGUUCGAUGUCACCCCGGAGCUUCUCAAACAGACCCUGAGAACGAGGAAGCACAAGCUUCUCCUCUCUGGAUCUAACGGCUUCACCGGCAGCACGGGGGACUACAGAGAGAAGGAGAGCAUGUACGACGAGAUCAUUCGACUCAAGAAGAGUCUCCAGGAGCAGAAGUCCGACAGACAGCAGAUGAAAGCCAAGCUACGCCGCCUGGAGGAGGACAACGCCAAGAGGGAGAAACAGAUCGAAGAGCUGUUGGAUCCCACCAAAGGAUCUGAAUACACUCGUAGUUUGGUGGAUAAGAAAAAAGAAGGCAGUGUGGUCCUCAACGGCCUGAAACAGAGAGUCCUGAAGCUGGAGCAGCAGUGUAGAGAGAAGGAAAAAGCCCUGAGUAAACUACAAAGCGAGCUGAGGACCACCAACCUGGAGGAGCUGAAGAUCACAGUGGAAACCUACUUUGAAGAGAUCCAGAGGCUGAGGAUGCUCCUCGACGCUGCGGAGAAAAGCAGUCGAGCGGAGAGCAAAUGCUCCCAGCGGCAGCAGAAAGCUCUGAGCUCCACGGUGCAUCGUCUCUCCGGCGGCCUGAAGCAGCUGCAGCAGGAGAACGCCGCGCUCCGAGAGGAGCUGGACACCGAGGGCCCCGCGGGGGGCAUCAAAGGUUACAGAGAGUGGAGCAAACAGAGACUGUUGAGGAGGCUGCUGGAGGUGGAGAAGAGGCUGGAGGACAGCAGAGGACCCGCCCCCGCGGCACAGCGCAGCGGGCGAUUGGACCGGGGGGUCCAGGCCACCCGCGCCGAGGCUCCCGGGUUUGCCAUGGCAACAGAGGCAACGGUCUCCGCGGGAACCGCCACAGAGGGAGGGGGGGAGGUUCCCGCGCUGAGAGAACGCCUGGACCAAUUGGAGAAGGAGAAAGUGGAGCUUCAACAGAGGCUGUCAAGCAAAGAGGAGGAACUGAGACAGUCGAGGACAGAAAGAGAAGAGUCGGAGACGGAGGCCGAGCGGUGGAAAGCCGAGCAGACAAAUGAACGGGGCCGAGAGAGGCAGCGCCACACACAGGAGUUGGAACAGCUGCUGGCGAGGAUCCAAACCCUGGAAGAGAAAAGUCAAGCUGCACACGCGGAGCUCCCACCUGCCGCGGCGCCCGAGGACCACGGGGACAGUGGUGCCGGAGUCCGCCCGGAGGAGGGAGGCAGGAGGGACGCUACAGGUGGAAAGGAGGAGGAAGAGGAGGAGGAGGAGGAGGAGGAGUUGGGUGCAGAGGAGAAAGAAAGAGAGAAGUCAGCGUUGGUUAUCCAGAGACACUGGAGGCAGCACAGCAACAGGGACAUCGUGAUGCUGCAGUCAGCGAUGAGAGCCCAUCUCCUCAGAGACUCCCGGCUAAAAGAAACGCACAACAAGGCCGUAGAGGCAACAAUCCGCAGUGAGGCUGCAUCCUCCGCGGAAGGAGGGAUUGACGUGGUUGCCCUGACGACGAUACAGUCCUCCUUCAGGGGACACCUGGCUCGCUGUAUCCACGCAACCGAGAGCUCGGGGUUCUCUCUUCCUUCUCCGUUGGGAAACGACGUGCCGACGCCGGUGAAACGGAGAGCGCGCUCAACACACCCUCAGAGCACAACCGAUGGCGGACGGCAGGCAGAGGAGGAAGACCCCGGGCUCGUAUCUAGCACGCGGCCCUCCAGGACGACGCCACCAACAGUUGGCGAAGCACACUCGACAGAGAGGGUCGACUCCGACGACUCCGAUGACAUCAUCGUAUCGCCGUCGCGUGCUCGGAGAGGCAGAGAAGUCUUCAUCUUAUAGAACCUGUGGGUUGUGGUGCUUUGUGUGGCUGUGCGUGUGUGUGUGUUCUGCUCAGAGCCCGUGUGUCCGAUACCAGAUUUUUUUUUUUUACACUGAACCUGAAAACAAUAUCUGGGAUAUUCCGAUAUUAGUCAGAAUAACGUUUCACAUGCUCAUCAUUUACUUUUUAUAGUAAGUUGCCGGUUCACAACAUGACGUUAGGAGGCACAUAAACACCUGCUCAAGGUCUUAUUCGGGACACUGUCCAUAAACAGUACUCUGAUGCAUCCCAGUGUUGGAGAAAGAACUACAUUAAACAUAAAGUUCCCCUUUGAUCUUAACCUCUUGUGCUUUAUUAUUUGUGCCAAAGUGCCUACUGCAUGGUCAUUACAAUAAAAGUUAUGGUAAUAAAUGCGUUUGUUUCUCUUAGCCAGAGCCGACACGCCGCUUUCAGUUCACAGGCUUUAAAUGAACAAAUCCCAUUUUGCUCUGCCUUGUAACACGCAGACGGCUGAUUGUGGCGUGUGAGGUAGGAUCGAGGGAUAUUUCUCUGAACUGAUGCACUAUUGAGUCUUAACUGUGAAUAAAUUAUAGAUCCGUCUGCUGCAAUACUGAACACACGGUCAGGACAGUGGGCGAUACACCUGGAGAUACAAUAAUGUGUGUGCUCUAUGAAAGACAAAGGAUCGACGUGGAUGGGUGCAGUUUCUCCCCCAGGAUGUGUGUAACUUAACUUCUGAGACUUUCAAUAAAUAUGCUGUUUUCAUAAUGAAACCUUGUGUGUUUUUAA